GUGCGGGUGACGGGCGCUGAGAACAUCCGCAAGAUCCUACUGGGCGAGCACACGCUGGUCAGGACGCAGUGGCCCCAGAGCACCCAGAUCAUCCUGGGCUCCCACACCCUGCUCAGCUCCAUCGGUGACCUGCACCGCCAGCGCCGCAAGAUCCUGGCCAGAGUGUUCAGCCAUGCUGCCCUGGAGAGCUACGUGCCACGGAUCCAGAAGGUUGUGAGCUGGGAGCUGCGGGGCUGGUGCAUGGAGCCGGGCUCCAUCGCAGUUUAUUCCUCCACUAAAACCUUAACUUUCCGCAUUGCAGCUCGGAUUCUGCUGGGGCUCCGCCUGGAGGAAAAGCAGUUCAAGGACCUGGCCAAAACUUUUGAACAGCUGGUGGAGAACCUCUUCUCCCUGCCCCUCAACAUACCCUUCAGUGGGCUGCGCAAGGGAAUCAAAGCACGGGACAUGCUACAUGAGUUUAUGGAGAAGGCUAUACAGGAAAAACUGCAGAGGAACAACCCAGAAGAUCACAGUGAUGCUCUGGAUUUCAUAAUAAACAGUGCCAAGGAACAUGGCAAAGAAUUCACCAUGCAGGAGCUAAAGGAGUCAGCAAUUGAGCUCAUAUUUGCUGCUUUUUUCACCACGGCUAGUGCCAGCACAUCUCUGAUCCUCCUGCUACUGAAGCAUCCUACAGUGAUUGAAAAAAUAAGGCAGGAGCUGAUGUCCCACGAGCUGUACCAGCAGUGUGAGCACUACCCUGCGGGACCCUGCCUGGACACUUGGACUGCCCAGAGCAGGGACAGCAAGAAGCCACUUCUCUACCCCACAACCAAAGAUGCUCCUGAGGACCAGAGCCAGCCCCCAGGCCCAACAGAGGAAGGUUCCCCCCAGCUCCACGCCCCACUGGAGCCCACUCCCACCAAGAGCAGUCCCUGUGCUGGCCCCCAGCUCCCAGUGCCAUCAGGGCGGAGCUGUCACUGCCUCUCAGACAUCAGCCUGGAGAAGCUGAGCCGCCUGCGCUACCUGGACUGUGUGAUUAAGGAGGUGCUUCGGGUGCUGCCUCCCAUCUCUGGAGGCUACAGGACGGCACUGCAAACCUUUGAGCUGGAUGGCUACCAGAUCCCCAAAGGCUGGAGUGUCAUGUACAGCAUCCGUGACACGCAUGAGACGGCCGCCGUCUACCAGAGCCCCCCUGGUGGCUUUGACCCAGAUCGCUUCGGUGCUGCCCGGUCAGAGGCUGCAGGCCGCUUCCACUACAUCCCCUUUGGCGGCGGGGCACGGAGCUGCAUCGGCAAGGAGCUGGCACAGGCCAUCCUCAAGCUGCUGGCCAUCGAGCUGGUCAGCACGGCCCGCUGGGAGCUGGCUACCCCCACCUACCCCGUCAUGCAGACCGUGCCCAUUGUGCACCCUGUUGACGAUGGGCUGCAGCUCUACUUCCACCCCUUGCAGCCCAGCUGCGGCAGCGAGGCCUGAGCCAGGGGUGCGCUGCGCCCCUCAGCCCCGGAGUCAAUGCCC